GUGGUUGUAAAACUGAUGGCCCAGCAGCCAUGACUUCACCGGAGCCCCCCCAACGCCGCCUCCUGCUGCAUGGACCUGUGAAGCUGGCCAGUAAUAACCAGGUCAAGAAGCGUCAUGCCUUUCUGUACAGUGAUGUGCUGCUCAUUACAAACAACAAGUACAAAAAGCAGUUCAAAAUCAAACUCCGGGUUCCAAUAAACAACAUAUGGCUUGCUAAAAAUACUGUGGAGCAUGGUGACAGUCCUGAAUUAAAAUCACUGAAGUUGGGAUGGCCUUUGCAAAAUUUUACGGCUAAGUUCUCGUCUGUGGAACUGAAGGAUAAAUGGCAUCGCUUUCUGGAAAGAUAUUUCUGCAGGAUACACAUUUUGUGUCUUUAG